AGCCCAGGAGGAGCCAUGGGGCGCUGGGCCUGGGGUCCCAGCCUUUGCCCCCUGCCGGGAAUGGCCCUGCUCCUGCUCCUGCUGCUGCUGCUGGUGCCUCACGGGGCUCAGCCCCAGGCUGGUGGGAACCUCACAGAACCCCCAGAACCUAACGCCACAGUGACCCCUGGGACCCCCAUGAUCCCUGUAACCUCGGUGACCCCUGUGACCCCAGCCACGAGUGCUCCAGAGGCACAGGGACCCCGUGGUAGGGGGCUCACCCCCCCGCCCAGGGCAGCUCCCUCCAGCAGCAGCCCUGGGGACCCAGUGCUCACAGUGGAUGGGCAGCCCUGCAGGUUCCCCUUCCGCUAUGGCGGCCGCAUGCUCCACGCCUGCACUUCAGAAGGAAGCGCCCACAGGAAGUGGUGUGCCACCACUCACAACUAUGACCGCGACAGGGCCUGGGGCUACUGUGUGCAGGCUCCGGUGUCCAGGGAGGGCCCAGCUGCCCUGGACUCCUGUGCCUCCAGCCCCUGCCUCAACGGGGGCUCAUGCUCCCACACCCAGGACCCCGGGUCCUACCACUGCACCUGCCCCAUGGCCUUCACAGGCAGGAACUGCGACACAGAAAAAUGCUUUGAUGAGACACGCUAUGAGCACCUGGAGGCAGGCGAUCGCUGGGCCCGAGUGAGCCAGGGCCAAGUGGAACAGUGUGAGUGUGCUGGGGGCCAGAUCCGCUGCGAGGGCACCCGCCACACAGCUUGCCUGAGCAGUCCGUGCCUGAACGGGGGCACCUGCCACCUGAUCGUGGCCACUGGGACCACCGUGUGCUCCUGCCCGCCGGGCCAUGCUGGGCGACUCUGCAACAUUGUGCCCAGCCAGCGCUGCUUCGUGGGGAAUGGCACCGAGUAUCGAGGCGUGGCCAGCACGGCGGCCUCGGGGCUCAGCUGUCUGGCCUGGAACUCUGACCUGCUCUACCAGGAGCUGCACGUGGAUUCGGUGGGCGCCGCGGCCCUGCUCGGCCUGGGCCCCCACGCCUACUGCCGGAACCCUGACAAGGACGAGAGGCCCUGGUGCUACGUGGUCAAGGACAGUGCGCUCUCCUGGGAGUACUGCCGCCUGGCGGCCUGCGAAUCCCUGGCCAGAAUUCCAUCUCUGACCACUGCGGUCCUGCUGAGCCAGGCUGAGCCUGCCCCAGUGGGGCGCCAGACCUGUGGCAAGAGGCACAAGAAAAGGACCUUCCUACGGCCACGCAUCAUCGGAGGUUCAUCUUCUCUGCCUGGCUCCCACCCCUGGCUGGCCGCCAUCUAUAUCGGAGACAGCUUCUGUGCAGGGAGUCUUGUCCACACCUGCUGGGUGGUGUCCGCAGCGCACUGCUUCUCCAAUAGCCCCCGCAGGGAAAGUGUCUUAGUGGUCCUAGGCCAACACUUCUUCAACCAAACAACGGAUGUAACACAGACGUUUGGCAUCGAGAAGUAUAUCCCGUACCCCAUGUACUCAGUGUUCAACCCCAGUGACCAUGACCUGGUCUUGAUCCGGCUGAAGAAGAAGGGGGACCGCUGUGCCAUCCGCUCCCAGUUUGUCCAGCCCAUCUGCCUGCCUGAGCCCAGCAGCCCCUUCCCCGCUGGGCACAAGUGCCAAAUUGCGGGCUGGGGCCACCAGGAUGAGAAUGUGAGUGGCUACUCCAGCUCCCUGCGGGAGGCGCUGGUCCCCCUGGUCGCAGACCACAAGUGCAGCAGCCCUGAGGUGUACGGAGCAGACAUUAGCCCCAACAUGCUGUGUGCAGGUUACUUCGACUGCAAGUCUGAUGCCUGCCAGGGGGACUCAGGCGGGCCCCUGGCCUGUGAGAAGAACGGCGUGGCCUACCUAUACGGCAUCAUCAGUUGGGGUGACGGCUGUGGGAGGCUUAACAAACCUGGCGUCUAUACCCGUGUAGCCAAGUACGUGGACUGGAUCAAAGACCGGAUAUGGCCCUCUAAACGCCCUUCGGAUCCCUCCUGAGACAGCACCCAUCCUUGAGUGGGGCAUCCUGCCUCUGCCUCCCCACUAUUCCUAGACUCCUAAUAAUAAAGAUGCUUCC